AUGGCUACUAUGAUGACUAUAAGUCGUCUGCGAAAGCUAGAAAGAGCAGUGGCAGUGCUACUGCAGCCGCCACUGCCAUGGACUAUGAGUCCAGUGACGAUGACAGGCACUUUAAGAGGAAACCCUCUAGAAGUGGUUGAGAUGGAGGAGCUGCAAAACAAACGGAGAGCAUAG